AUGCGCAGCCUGUUGUCGUUACUGCUAUUAAUCGUCCCCAGCGUCCUGGUCUCUGCCGCCGACUACCAUGAGCAGCUAAACCUCCGGCCUCUGCCCUUGUCCGCGCUCCUCGCGAGCUUCAACUUCCGAGCCAACACGUCCCUUGCCGACUUUGAGGCGCACAACUUUCGACUCUUCCCACGGUCGCUGGGCCAGAUCCUACAGUAUGCGGGCACGCGAGAGCUUCACCUGAGAUUCACGCUGGGACGAUGGGAUGCAGAGAGCUGGGGAACUCGGCCCUGGGACGGAACGAGGGAGGGCGGCACCGGAGUGGAAUUAUGGGCGUGGCUGGACGCUGAGACGGACGAGGAGGCGGACGAGAAGUGGUUGACGCUGACCAAUGCGCUCUCUGGCCUCUUCUGCGCCAGUCUCAACUUCAUUGACGGGACGAGGACGAUUCGGCCUGUUCUGUCGUUCCAGCCCGAGGGCGACCAUCCGAACUCGACACUACAGAGCACGCGGCUGUUGCAUGGCGUGCUACCCCAUGAGGUGGUUUGCACGGAGAAUUUGACUCCUUUCUUGAAGAUGCUGCCGUGUAAGGGCAAGGCUGGAAUCGCGAGCUUGCUAGAUGGACACAAGCUGUUUGAUGCGUCGUUCCAAAGCAUGGCCAUCGACGUGCGGCCCAUCUGUCCCUCGGAGGGAGAGUGCGUUUUGCAGCUUGAACAGACGGUCGACAUGGUCCUGGACGUUGAUCGAUCCAAGCGACCUCAUGACAACCCUAUCCCAAGACCUCCUCCAGGCCAUGAUCUGAUUUGCGACACUACAAAGCCCUAUCACCAGCCAGGCGAUGCUUGCUAUCCGGUUGACCACCUCCGCGGCCAAGACUGGACGCUGUCGCAAAUCUUUGGGCGAACCAUGAAAGGCACUUGUCCUCUGACUGAUGCCGAAGUACCCCCAGUCUGUGUUCACAUUCCACCCACUCGCGACAUCUUUGCUUCAGAAGGUGCCCAUGAAAUCAAGUAUUCCGACAACGAUUCGAUGCGGUGCUAUCAGAUCAAUCAGGACCAGGAAUUUACUCUCAUCCUGACAAAUGCCGAGUCCACUGCUGAUGGAGAGGCUCGCCCCCUGGGCAUUGUCAAGCCGGAAACGCCUGUGCUCUACGCUGAGCGAAGCUUCACCGGGCACGGACAGGAACACGGCGGCAUGCAGGCCAUCCUGACGAACCCAGGCGACGACCCGGUUGAGUUUGUGUACAUGGAAUCUCUCCCCUGGUUUAUGCGCGUUUACCUACACACUCUUUCUGCCCGCAUCUCGGCGUCAUCACCCAACGUCAACACAUCGUCUGCCGACAUCAUCAAGGAGAUCUACUACCGCCCUGCGCUCGACCGCGCCCGCGGCACGCAGCUCGAGCUCCUCGUCAGCAUCCCCCCUCACUGCACCGUCUUCCUCACCUACGACUUUGAAAAGUCCAUCCUCCGGUACACGGAAUACCCCCCUGAUGCGAACCGCGGCUUCGACGUUGCUGCCGCUGUCAUUACGACGCUGGAGCCCAAGGUCAUGAACAUUCGCACCACCAGCUUGCUGCUCUAUCUGCCCACGCCCGACUUUAGCAUGCCGUACAACGUCAUCAUCUUUACAUCAACAACAAUUGCGCUGGCAUUUGGAGGCCUGUACAACAUUCUCGUCAGGCGCAUGGUCGGCGCGAACGAGGUGCCCAGAGCUGCCUUCAAGGACAAGGUGCUGGGAUUCAUCGAGAAGCUGAAGAAGAAGAGAGCAGCAGUAUCAGCUGCGGCGGCGUCUGCGGGAGGAAGUGUAAGGCCUGCUGUGUCAAAUACAGAGGCGAAGUGA